ACAGCAUGUCUUGAGACAUGCACCAGUGAUCCACGAGCACAGGCCAAAGUGUUUCGCUGUAUGGGCAGCUGGUUUGCCCUUGGAGUUGUACAGGAUGACUGUAUCACACACAAUAAACUCCUGAUGGCUCCCUUCCAAGUUCUGGUUGCACAAGACUGUCCCUCUGUUUUACAUGAGGCUGCCACAGACUGUAUAUGCUCUGCCCUUUACUGUGCAGAUGAUCUGCGGAAACAUUUACAGCUAGCUGAAGCCUUGUACCAUGGAAGUCUGACAUUACAGGAAGCCUAUCAUAUGACUGUUGCCCUGGAGGACACUGAUAAAUCAAUCAAUUUUUGUAGAAUAUUUACAGAACUUGCUGAGUCUCUCUUAGAAGCAAUUGUUGACACACCAAACCAGGGGUUAGGAGACCUAAGAAUCUUAGAAAUAUUGCUGACAUGCGUCGGUCACCAUUUAUAUGAGGUGACAGAAAUAACAUUUAAUUUUUGGUAUCGCCUGUCUGAAGACCUGUAUCAGCGAAGUCAGGACAUGUUAACUGAUGUUUUCAAACCCUACAUACAAAGACUUAUUAUAGCCCUGUGUCAUCAUUGUCAGAUGGACACUGAUCAUGAGGGUGUGCCAGAUGAGUCUGAUGACUUCGGAGAAUUUCGAAUACGUGUUUCAGAACUCAUUAAAGAUGUGAUAUUUAUUGUGGGAUCAUCACGAUGUUUUAACCAGAUGUUUGAAAACUUGAAGUCCCAGACAACAUCUGCCUCAUGGGAGGUAACUGAGGCAUCUCUGUUUGUUAUGACCGCUGUCGCCAAAAACUUGUUACCAGAAGAGAAUGAAAUUGUACCAGAGGUUGUGAAUGCGAUUCUAUCAAUCCCUGACACUGCCCAUGUGUCUGUACGUCACACCAGUAUACGUCUGUUUGGAGAGCUAUGCGAAUGGAUAGAGAAACACCCGGAAUUCCUAGACCCAGUUUUACAAUUUCUGUUGCGAGGAUUACAAGAUCAAAAGUUAGCAUCUGUAGCAGCUAACUCUCUCCAGUCAAUAUCAACUACAUGUAGAGAGAAAAUGAUAGACCAUUUUCAAGGGCUUCUACAAAUUGUACAGGCCAUAGACACAUUCAACCUGUCAUCUGAGGCUGCAAUAGGUCUUCUCAAAGGAACUGCUACGAUACUUGGACGUUUACCAUAUGAUAAAGUUGGGGAUGGUCUUAGUCAACUGUGUUCCUAUCAACUUACUCCACUAAACAAGAUUAUAGCUGCAGAGAACAACAAACCUAAACAGGGAAGUUCAGAGGAUCCAGCUAUCUGGCUUGACAGACUGGCAGCCAUAUUUAGACAUACAAACCCAACAGUGACCAAUGGAACAACACAUCCAUGUUUGUCAGCAAUCCAGGAGGUAUGGCCAGUUCUAUCGCAGGCUUGUGAUAAAUACCAGGCUGAUAUCCGCAUUGUAGAGCGGUGUUGUCGCUGUAUACGUUUUGCUAUCAGGUGCCUAGGAAAAAGUUCAGCCUCCCUUCUCAGUCCUUUAGUGUCACAGAUGAUAACACUGUACCAGGUCCAUCAACACUCCUGUUUCCUCUACUUAGGCAGUAUACUUGUAGACGAGUAUGGCAUGGAGGAGGCAUGUCAGCCAGGACUUCUUAAUAUGUUACAGGCAUUCUGUGUUCCCACAUUUAAAAUUCUAGAGGAACACAAUGGGCUGAGGAACCACCCAGACACCGUUGAUGAUUUAUUCCGACUCUGUUUAAGGUUUUUACUGUGGGUUACAUUAACCUUUCUGUCUGUGGUAGGUUUUUACUGUGGGUUACAUUAACCUUUCUAUCUGUGGUAGGUUUUUACUGUGGGUUACAUUAACCUUUCUGUCUGUGGUAGCCAUCGUGAUGCAAAUGCCUCUGUCAUGAAAUAUCUCACAGAUUUCCUUGGUUGUGCCACUCGCAAAGAGGACAAAGAAGACUUUGCAGUGAGACAGACAGUGGUUAAAGCACUGCUCACUGAACAUGGACAAGCUUUGGUAAAUGCUCUAGUCAAUGGCUGUAUAUUCUCACUGCCCACAUUCAUGACUGUUGAUAUUGGAGAGGUCAUCUAUGAGCUCAUGGUCAUCGACAGGCUGGUUUUCUGUAAAUGGCUUGAAGUCAUGUUAAAGUCACUUCAGACUGAGAGUAGUGGAGGUGCAGUGACAGCAACUCACAAGCAGCUCACAGAUUUCCACAAAGCUGUGACCAGCGCUGAAAAUGUGAAGCAGGUGUCCAACGGACUGAGGGAAUUUGCUCGCUUGUUUAGAUAAGACAAAUCUAUGCCCUGUUAAUCUGGUCUUUCCUUACUGGCUGUGUUUGAUAAUCUGACUCUUGAGAUAUUGUGAAUUGUCAUACAGCCAGGAGGGUUGCUGACAUAGGAUAUUCAGCUGUGUGGUCAUACGAUCUGGGAAGUAUGAUCACAU